UCUUUCCUUUUACCCCUUUCCCCUCCGCCUGGUGGGAUAAGAAAGAGGGUUCUCUCUCUUUUUCCUUCUCCUCCUCCAGAUGCUAAGAAUUAAACCCUUUCCCUGUUUCUGCACCUUACCUCUUCCUAUUCUUCUUCUCCUCCUCUGACACAGAAGGGGAAGAAGAAACCCUUUGAAGGAAUCGAACAGUUUCAGAGUCUUGUGCGUUGAAUCAUAAACAGAGCUCUUUUCCAUGGAAUCGGCUUCCUUCGAACCAACCCCACAAGGGUUCAAGGACAAGGAGUCAAUGGUUGAUCCCUUCUUGGUUGAGGCUCUCCAGAAUCCUCGUCAUCGUCUUACCAUUUUACGGAUGGAACUUGACAUCCAGAAGUUCUUGCAUAAUCCGGAUCAGCAGCUCUUCGAGUUCCAGCAUUUUCCUACAUCAUACCUUCGACUUGCUGCUCAUCGUGUUGCUCAACAUUAUGGCCUUCAAACCAUGGUUCAGGACUCCGGCAUUGAUGGUUUUGGAAAUAGGAUCUUGGUUCGUAAAACGGUGGAAAACAGACUCCCUUCUGUGCGGUUAUCUGAAAUACCUGCGAAGCAAUUCGACAAUGAGAAAAAUGAGCAGGUCAAAUUCGUCAUCAGACCUCGGCCUAACAAAAUGUCUGAAACUUCUGCCAAUGAUGGAGGUCUCAAACAAAAUUCUGUCCGAAGCGUGGAAGAGAGAAAGGAGGAAUACGAUAGGGCACGAGCUCGAAUCUUCAGCUCUCCAAGUAGUCCCGAGUUAGACGAUACAACAUCUCAAUCCCCAUCUGAAGGAAAAUAUGCAUGCUCGAACAGGGAUGAAACUGAAGGCUUUAGAACUUUGGCUGGUGAUUUGGAAAAAUUUAAUGGCAGGGACGGCAUGACUUCUCGGGUUGCCAUUUUCAAAGAUAGGGAAAAGGAUCGUAGUGACCCCGAUUAUGAUCGCAACUAUGAUAGGUAUAUUAGGAACCUUCCAACCAAUCAAAAUUUAAGCUUGGCUCCCUUUACUAUGCAAAAAAUGCAGCCUCCAUUUGUACAAUGUGAUAUGGGUUACUCCCUCAUGGGUCAUAUACCAGGAACUCAACCUUCACUUAGCUAUGGGCCUCAUCCGAGUCCUGUCGUAAGCCCUUUCUCCGCAAUGGGUAUGAACCGAACGUCUAGAGACGCUUCUUAUGAGCAGUGGCAGAGUGCUGCAAUGAUGUAUGCCCAUUCCUACAACCAGCUCAGGCAUUCUGCUUUUCAGGCCCCAUUCUGCCAGCAACCCCUCAGCUUUGACUACUCUCAAAACCACCAUUAGAGAUGUGAUGAUGAUGAUGAGGAGCUUAGGUGAAAAACACUUUACAAUUAGAUUUUGUUGUGUACUCUUGUUUGAUUGACUGCUUGGAAUCUCAGUUCUAGUUUUUGCAUAACUUCUUAUAACACUUUCUCUCAUACUCCAUUAUGCCAUUAGCUGCUAUACAACACUCCUUAAUAACAUUUCUCCCAUUCAACAU